UGAGGCCAUCUGAAAGGAGAGCAAGUCAAAAAAAGACAGGAGACCGGGUAGUCCACCGCCGCCCCUGACCACACUCUCCCCGAUCCGAUCCGCCGGCGAUGGCCGCCCCUCACCGUGCUUUCCCCGAUCCGCCGCCGAUGGCCGCCUUCCGCUCCGGCCGACACGCUGCCCACCUCCGCCUGGCCGUACCACCGCGGCUGGCCGCCCACCCCUCCUUCCGCUUCCCCACCACGCCGCUCCCCACCCCAUCCAAGACGCGCCUCCCCGCCGCCGGCGCCGUUUCUCCCUACGCCGCCGCGCUCCUGCGCAUCCUCGCGCUCCACUCCCUCUUCCUUCUCGCGCCCGCCGCCCGAGCGCUCCCCUCCCUGCCCCACCUCUUCCUGCUUCCGCCGCUCCUCGCCAUCAUCUCCGCCGUCGCCAUCCUCCUCAUCCCCUCCAAGAGCCAGCCCCACCCCUUCCCGGCGCUCCGCCACCUCUUCCGUCCCGCCCUCCUCCUAGCGGCGUCCCUUCUCCUCCGGCUCGCCUCCCUCCACCUCAUCACCGACACCGGUCUCAUCGUCCUCGCAGAUUCCGCCGGUGCACUGCUCGCCCGCGCCCUCAACCGUCCCUCCCGCCGCCGCGUGAUCUCCGUCGCUGCCGCCUCCGUUUCGCUCGCAGCCGCAUCGCCUUCCCACCCCGUGCUUCUUCUCGCGCUCCCCUUUGCUUCCGGCCUCCUCUCCUCGGUCGAGCACUCUGUAUCUGCGCGACAUGUCACCCGCAGCCGCCACGCCCGUGCGGCCGUUUUUGCCCUCGCCGCCACCUUCCUCUCGGCGCCGGCACUCGCGGGCCUCUUCUUUCUUGGUGGCACUGACACCAGCGAUGGUGUCCCGAUUGGCCAGCUCUGGUGGCUGCUCCUUAAUGCCGCUGUCUUUGGCAUGGCCUUGGGGCGACGGCAAGCCUACGACAGCAGUAGCAGUAGCAGCAGACCAAGCAUGAAUUUUGCGAUGACCUUUGUGUGCACUAUUGUUCUGGAGCUGGUGUACUACCCAAAGCUGUCGUUGCCGGGCUUCUUAGUUUGUGGGUUCAUCUUGUGGAUCGCCAGCAGGGAGCUGACUCCUUCAGGAUAUGUUGAGCUUGGGAGCGCUGACGAGUCGGUGUAUGAGGCAGUCAUGGGGCCAGUCCGGCAUAUCCUUAGUGAACGCAAGUCCAGGAAGAUUGCUGCUUUUCUGUUGAUCAACACAGCUUACAUGUUUGUUGAGUUUGCCAGCGGUUUCAUGAGUGAUAGCCUUGGGCUGCUCUCUGACGCUUGCCAUAUGUUGUUUGAUUGUGCUGCUCUGGCAAUUGGACUAUAUGCGUCGUACAUUGCGAGGCUGCCUGCAAAUGGAUUGUAUAACUAUGGAAGGGGCAGGUUCGAGGUGCUAUCUGGGUAUGUUAAUGCAGUGUUCUUGGUGCUUGUUGGCGCCCUGAUUGUGUUGGAGUCGUUUGAGAGGAUACUCGAGCCUCGGGAGAUAUCAACAAGUAGCCUUUUGGCAGUUUCUGUUGGUGGACUUUUCGUAAAUAUCAUUGGAUUGGUUUUCUUUCAUGAGGAGCACCAUCAUGCGCAUGGCGGUAGCUGCUCUCACUCCCAUUCACAUUCUCAUUCCCGUUCACAUGAUCAUGGUCAUGAAGAUCACCAUCAUGACCAUGUUCAUCAGAGUGCUGAUCACGAGAAGACAUGUUCUGGUCAUCAUGGAGACACAAAUAAGAGCCAUCAUCAUAAUCACCGACAUGAUAGUAACAAUGCAGAGAAUCAUCAUCAACAUAACCAUAGCUGUAGCCACAAGCAUGGUCACAAUGGCCAUAUGGAACAUCACCGGCAGGGUGUAGAUCAGGCUCAUCAAGAUUGUAGCAGCAUCAACGGUGAGCAAGGACUUCUAGAGAUUCCACUGAUAAAUGUGCACUCUCAUGGUGCAGAAUCUCAGUCUUGUAAUGGAGAACUGGAAUUGCGAGAAACCGGAAACCAUGCCAAGCCGGCAAGCCGGCGUCACAUUGACCAUAACAUGGAAGGUAUCUUCUUACAUGUCCUAGCUGACACAAUGGGAAGCGCCGGUGUUGUGAUCUCAACCCUACUAAUCAAGUACAAGGGAUGGCUAAUAGCAGAUCCCAUUUGCUCUGUAUUCAUUUCAAUAAUGAUUGUGGCUUCUGUCCUUCCAUUGUUGAGAAAUUCUGCUGAAAUUUUGUUGCAAAGAGUUCCAAGGAGCCAUGAGAAGGACUUCGAAGCAGCACUGGAUGAUGUUAAGAAGAUUAAUGGUGUGAUUGGAGUCCAUAAUGUUCAUUUAUGGAACUUGACAAACACUGAUAUUGUAGGCACUUUUCAUCUUCAUAUAUCAGCUGAAGCUGACAAGUCUGUUAUAAGAGAAAGUGCUUCACGGAUAUUUCAAGAAGCUGGGGUUCAAGAUCUGACUAUCCAGAUCGAAUGUGUCGAAAGAUAGCAGUUGUUGGUAUAGCAACACUUGUCGGUAGUGUGAUAGGAUUUUGGCACAGAGCAAAUAUAUCUGUAGUGCUUAAUUCAGGAGCCAUCCUUUAUGUAUCGCUGAAAGGAAAUUGCAUUAUUAAAAUACAGGCUCCAAUCACAUGAUGAUAAGCAGUUCAAGCUUAAACAAGCAGAUUAAUGAAGAAAACAAAGAGCACAAUGCCAGCAGAAAAGAAAGGAAACCAGAGAAUAACACAAGUUCAUUACAUGACCAUAUAUAACCAGUUCAAACUUGAGCAAGCAAAUGAAUGGAGAAAGCAAAUUAAGUAGCAAUACAACGAGAAGUGAAGCCUCUAAAUUAAAGAGGUACACUGAAUAGUGCAAGCGCGGCGUUGUUGGAGCAGGGCAACAGGAACCUUAGUUCAGCUCAGAUAUAAUCCGUGUGUAUCUUCGACAUCAGUCAAGGAAUUGUGUCCAUUUCAUGCGUCCUCUCUUAUUCAUCACCUGGUGCGUGCCUACAUAAUACGGGACCUUGUUGCUUGCAUCGUGUCUUUUGGCAAGGAGUAAAUUAUCCUUUUGGAGGGAAAAAGACUGAUGAAAGCAUACAGGAUAGUAUGCAAAAGGCAUUCCCUUCAGUUCUUGAAUCAGAGUACGGCAGUGAAGAACAAGAUGCUUUUUUGGUUGAUGAAUUGGUCUAUCGAGAGGAGAGGAUAUCUGGUGAUACGGCCCAGGAUAUGCUCCCAUGCUCCAGGUUAGUUUGGGGCGUUGGAUCUGGACUGUAGGAACAAGAUUAAGCAGGCUCAUGUCCUUCUAGCAAAUAUACAAAGACACCCUUGGUAAUUUAGUAUUUCAGGGAGAAGUGCGUACCUGUCCCUUCCUUGGUUCUGUCUGUUUCUCCAUCUCACUGUUUACCAGGGCAUGCGUGGAAUCACAUCCGGCAGCUGAGCUCGAUCUGUCGGUAAGAACAUGUUUGUCUGUGCCGGUCGCAGCAGUCAGAGCUCGAUCCUCGCCCUCCAAGUACAAUGUUGCUGCCAUUGGUAGUUCUCGACCAGCCCAGAGUUUUACUCCAUGCUUGCCCACGCUCCGUUCAUCGGAAAUGCAGCACAAAUGGGGCAGGAUGAAAAUGUACCAAGGGGGCGUAUUGAAAUUGAUUGGUCAACUGAUCCUGCCCCUUCAUGCAUAUCUGACGCACCUAAAGGCCCCGUAGCAGCGUAUCACCUGAAAGGCUGGAGCACCCGAUAUUUUCUCCUAUCGAGAGGCCGCGACCAUCAGGUUCCCUCUCUUUUGGUCUUGUAAGGAAUGCUCUAUUGGGGUGUUCCCAUAGUGAUCGAUGUGAUUGAAUCUUUCAAGUCCUUUUGAUCUGCAAAAUACUGUGAAUAUUGUGGAUUGAAUAUUUUAUAUGUUAAAGCUAUUUGUUAAUACAGUAGUUUUUUCUGAAUGCGCUCCAGGUUGGUUAAUCUUGACUAUUUCCGUGCCUAUAGCUUCAGAGUUUUUUCUUUUCCCUUUUGCCUUGCACAAUUUGUAUAACGUUGUGAAGUGCCAUGAUCUGAAACUUGCCAUACGAUGUGCCAUGCAGUUUUUCUAAGGACAUGAAGUUUGACGCUGUUAACGCGAUGCAGAUGUGUGCAGACAUGCUGAGAUGGAGAAUGAGUUCAGUGUGAACAUGAUCCUUGAGGCGAUCACGCUGACCUAUAGGCUAUAACAAUGCUGCAGUUGUUGCAAUCUUUAUUAUUAUUUUUGAACCUGAGUUGUUGCAAUCUUUGCUUAACGUCUAACAUUCAACGAGUUCACUUGGACAGGGUUUUGAGUUUGACCGCCCCCUGGCGACACGAGCCUGCCCUCCUCUGCGCCGCCCCUGGUGGCGAGCCCCGCCUCUGCUGCUGAGGCUGCCGCUGCAUCACUCCCUCUCCCUGCUCAUCUUUGUGCCUGCCAGUUGGUCGAGGAGGCAGCGGUAUGAGAUGUUAUCGCUGAUUGUGGCGAGGUUGAGCGUAUGGAGCAGAGGGACCAGGGCAGGGGGGCGGCCGUCCCGGGCACCCGAUGGCUUGUUUCCUCUAUACGUACUUGAUGGUUAGCCCAUGUAGCAGAUCGACUGAUUCUGAAAAAGGAAAGAAAUGGUAACAGAUCGACUAAUUCUUGGCUUGCUGCAUGCGCGUUAUCUUCUUUGGUUUCUCUUCCCCAAUUGGCAACGAACCAGCCAUGCCAAGGUCAACGGCGCCUUGUCCACGCCGUCUAAUUGCGAUUUUCGGCUGCUGGGUGUGAUUAGUGCAGGAAGAUCCGUUGCUGCUACAGAACCCAACUCCUGAGCACGUCGGAGUUGAGCGAGAAGACGGGAGGAGGUGUCGAGGAGGAAGAGGCCCCUCUUCCUUUUUGGUCCACGCCGCUACGGAAGUGAUAUUAGGGUAUUGCACUGAGCUGGAAGAGGAUGCUGGCCAGCGCCCCACCUCUCUUUCGACAUAAUAAACUGAUGUAAAAACUUACCUUGGGAACAUUCAUAAAUAUGACCAUUCAAAUUCCUCAGAGCGACUUUGUUCUAACCAUACAUAGCAGAACUUAGUUGCCUUUCCAGACUUCUGCAGAAAUUUAAGUGCAAUGUAUCAUCAAGGAUCAUUGAAUCCAGUUGUUUGAUUUCUUUUGUAUAACAAGAGCUUGAGUUGUCGCCCUAUCUGUGGCGGUAUCAUGGUUUGCUUGACUCAAUUUUGACAAGCAGUUCAAAAUUAAGUAUGGUCGCUUGAAGCAUUCUUUGUGAUACGAGCUGCAAUCGAGUUUCACGUUUUGUUCUACUCAACUCGGCCUUUUCCAGAUAUCUUAGCUUUGGCUUUAUGUGGGCACACUACUGUUACUCUUUUUAUAUGGCAAUACUAAGGAGAUUGAAGUAUUCGUAACACAUGUGUUUUCUGUCGUGCAGUGAACUUGUUAUACUCUUUCUGGUUCAAUGGAACUUACUUACGCACAUUAGGGCUUUUACUUUAGCUGGUGAGUGUUUGUGAGCGAGAUGACUGUCGCUUCCGCAUGGAUCCACCUCCUAGCCGUUGACCACUUCAUUGGAAGGCACGUGUAACCUUGAUGGGCAAAUAUGGUGAAGACUUGAAGUUGAUAUACUAAUGUGAUAUAUGAAGCUAUAUUCAAGGGCGUCACACAGGUUUGGAAUCUUCAUUCACAUCUGCACCUCACUUGUUACCUGUGUUCUUGCUUCAGUCAUUUUUUUGUAAUCAUAUUCCUAUAUACUGGGCAUCAUUCUGUAUUGCCAGUGCUUUCUAUUAAUCACCAUUUUAAGAAUCAUUGCUUGAUAUACUGGUCUUUUAUAUGUACCAUCUUAUUUAUCAUCUGAAUUACCUUUUGUCUGAUGUAGCACUACAAUUGGUUUACUGUACAUUGAUUUAUAUCUGAAAACUUUAAUUAUGCUUUGUUUUAUAUUUCCAGUUCUUUCAAUCAAUCACCUUUGUAAGACCCACUGCUUGACCCAUUUGAUACUGAGAUCUCAGAGCAUAUUUUACAUUUCUUUUUUCUCAUGUACUCUCUCCGUCCCAAAAUAAGUGACUUACUGUACAUUGCUAUAUAUCUGAAUUUUCUUCAUUGUGUUUAAAUAUGGAAAGUACCUUCUUUAACUAAGCGAACAACCUUUUGUCGAUUGCCGCGCUCAUAAUUUUUUUGCAAUAGUUUGGUUUUAUUACUGUUGGUGGCAGGUACGACAAACUUGUCGGCAUGUUCAGUAACAAGCAAGUCCCCACUGUUGGCGUUGAUCUUGGAAUAGAAAGAGUUUUCGCAAUCAUUGAGCAACAUGAGAAAGAAAAUAACCAGGUUAUCCGGGCUAGCGUGACAGAGGUUUUGGUGUCGAUUCUAGGGAAGGACCUUAUAUUGGCCGCCGAGCUUGCGAAUGAGUUAUGGAGUGCUGGGAUAAAGGCAGAGUUCAAGCUCACCACCAGGGAGCUGGACCACAUAAAGUAUGUGACUCAGACAGGCAUUCCGUGGAUGGUGCUGGUCGGUCAAGGCGAACUUGAAAUGUGGCCACCUUUGUAUGGCCAAUGGCUUUGUAGGCUUUCAGUAUUUGGCGUCUGUCGCCGGGUUUGUUCCGCCUCAACCAGGAUCUUCUCGGCACUGCUCUGAUGUUGUGAAAACUCACGCACGCCGACAGCCGCCUCCAUGCUCCAGCUGCCGCAGCCUGCAGUUCAAGAAGUUAGCUCAGGCUUAUGAGGUUAUGAAUGAUCCUGAGAAGCUGGGAGGUCGAGGACUGCAUGAUCUAUUGGACAUCUUCCGGUCAUUCUGUGUAUAAGAUAGCUAUAUAAUAGUUCUAUUCCAUGACUAUGGUCAUUCUGUGUAGAUUUUGUCAUAUUGGAAUUAAAAAAUGAACAAAAACAAUUUUUUUAGGAUUGAGGGUUGAUUCUCUGAGAUUUCACAUGGAUAAUUGGAUUUUGGGUACAUAUAUACUUUCAGUGAUGCCAUGAUUUUGGUUAACUCCAGGUUAUAAUUUCAAUGAUGCUUUAUGAGGA